AUGCCAAUGAUUCCCAAUCCAUCCGAAAAAUAUGCUCCCUUCAACCCUCCCACCCUUGCAGACAGAAAGUGGCCCUCCAAAACCAUCACACAAGCGCCCCGUUGGCUGGCAACAGAUCUUAGAGAUGGAAACCAGAGCCUUGCAUUCCCUAUGACGGUUGAGCAGAAGUGGACUUACUUUCAACUGCUUGUGCGCAUGGGCUUCAAGGAAAUUGAUGUGUCGUUUCCUAGUGCGUCUGACACUGAGUUCAUGUUCACCCGCAAACUCAUCGAGACACAAUAUGCAGUACCCGAAGAUGUUUGGCUUCAGGUCCUUUCACCAUGUCGUCGAGAGUUGAUCCGAAGAACCGUGGAUAGUAUCCAAGGAGCUGAAAAAGCAAUCAUAAGUUUAUAUAUUGCUUCCAGUCACUCUUUUCAAAAGACAAUCUUUGGAUUGUCUAAUGAGGAUGUUCUGAAUAUUGCAGUUGAUUGUGUGCGAUACACGAAAUCGAUCACCAAAGAUGAUCCUAAUCAGCAAAAGACGACAUGGAAUCUGAUGUUUAGCCCCGAAGCAUUCUCAGACACAGACACCUCCUAUGCUAUUGCUCUCGGUGAGGCUGUAAGGAAUGCUUGGGAACCAACGGUUGACGUGCCUAUGAUUCUGAAUCUCCCGGCCACAGUUGAGAUGAGUACGCCAAACACCUUUGCUGAUCAAGUCGAAAUUUUCUGUCGAGGAUUUCCACGAGAAGAUGUCACCGUCUCGUUACAUCCACACAAUGAUCGUGGUUGUGCUGUAGCCGCUGCAGAACUUGGACAAUUGGCUGGUGCUCGCCGCGUGGAAGGCUGCUUGUUCGGAAACGGCGAGCGAACAGGAAAUGUUGACCUUGUAACGCUAGCACUGAACCUCUACACCCAAGGGAUUGACCCGCACCUUGACUUUUCCGAUCUUCCAAGUAUUCGAAAGACCAUCGAGUGCCUCACUCGAAUCCCCGUUCACACUCGUGCGCCAUACGCUGGCGAUUCUGUCUUUCUAGCCUACAGUGGUUCCCACCAAGAUGCAAUAAACAAGGGCUUCAAGAGGUGGAACAACCCAAAUCCAGGCCAGAAAAAUCUCUGGAAGGUGCCUUAUCUACCACUGGACCCAAGCGAUAUAGGUACCACUUAUGAAUCCAUUAUCCUUGUAAAUUCCCAGAGUGGCAAGGGCGGUGUUGCAUGGACACUGGAGAAAUCGGUGAACUUGGAUAUGCCCAAGGAAUUGCAACAUGAUUUUUCUCAAACCGUGAAACGCAGGGCUGAUGAGGUUGGCAGAGUUUUGACUUCUGUGGAGAUACAGGACAUUUUCUUCUCUGAAUACCAUGUUAUAAAGAAAGAUCCGAGAAUCUUAAAGUAUGAAGUGGAACGCCGGCAAAAUGACGGGCUUUUUAUGGUCAGUGCCAUACUUAUUAUAAACGGUUUCGCUCGGCGCAUUCAAGGGGUGUCAGAUACUGUGGGAAGUGCGAUUUCUAGUUCCAUUGCCAUUGGUACUGGUCUGCAAAUAUCUUUCGAGGUCUUUGAGCGCAACUGGAGCAAGGAGGGAGGGACACGAAGAAUCGCUAUUGCAAAGUGCCAAUUGAAGAACGUACUUUGUGGUGCAUGGGGGGCCAGUAUGAACGAUUCUUGUGUGCAGGCCGAUUUACUGGCUUGUCUUUCAUCCCUUUUGAGUGUACAAGAACUUGCGCCGAGUUUGGGACUUUUGACUAUUACAACUAAUUUUGAAGAUACGCCAGCGACAUCUACAAAGGCUGCAGUGGAGUUGCGGCCGUAA